AUGACGCUCACCAAAGGUUCCUUCACCUACUCCAACGGCGAGGAGUACCGCGGCGAGUGGAAGGAAGGUCGCAGGCAUGGCAUCGGGCAACUGACAUUUGCCGAUGGCACUGCUUACAUGGGGCACUUUGAGAACGGGCUCUUCCAUGGCUGCGGUGUGCUCACCUUCUCCGACGGCUCCAGGUACGAGGGGGAGUUUGUGCAGGGCAAGUUCAAUGGUGUCGGCGUCUUCACCCGUUGCGACAACAUGACGUUUGAAGGCGAGUUCAAAGGCGGGCGAGUGUAUGGCUUCGGUCUCCUGACCUUCCCCGAUGGCUCCCAUGGGGUGCCCCGCAACGAGGGCUUCUUUCUGCUAGGGCGGGAGAAGUGCACAGCCAUCAUCCAGAGGGCCCAGGGUGCCUCCAAGUCUGCCCACAACCUGACAGCAUGA